AUGUUUACGGCCCCGGAAUCACCUUUUGAUUUUCAGGUGAGCGCCAGAGCCAUGGCGGGCGCUGGACAGAGCGCCACGGCAAACGACUGACUUCUUGCCCAAUGUCCUUUCUGUUUUGUACUCGAACAGGCGCUAGACGGACAUUUCAUUUACACUGAUGAGCCUGAGCCCAGUAAGCUGCCUCAGCUCGUUCCAAACCUGGGUGUAAAGGCUGGGCAUACUUGGAAAGAGGUGCUUCAAGAGGUCAGGAGUGAGUGGAAAGGGUCAGCUUUGUCUUGGCCCUCUUUAAUCAGCCAGCUGAAGGGCUGAUUAUGCCACCGGCAGGACUCAAUGCUAAAGCGCGAGAUGAUGAGAGCGGGGAGGAGUAUAAGAUUGUCUAUGCAGCAAGGCAUGGUGAAGGGCACCACAGUGAGUUCAUGGAGACGUGCGAUCCAGGAACGAUAAACGCCGACUGAAUAGACUCGCUUCUUGACCUCAACUUGGUGACGUCAACCUUUGAAUCCGCAGAUGUCGCAGAGGCAAAGUUCGGCACAGAGGCGUGGGACGCAAAGUGGUCCUUGCUGAAUGGAGAUGGCGACGAUGUGUGGGGACCGGACCCGCCACUCACCGAUGUGGGCGUCGAGCAAGCUUUGGCGAUCAAGAAAGCUUUUCAGGACACCUUUGCGACCUCGGACCCUGCGCCUCUGCCCACCUCGCUCUUCACUUCCCCUCUGGGUCGAUCAGCAAACACAGCGCUGAAUACUUGGGCGGGCCUCGAAUCCAUUCUCCAGGCUGAUGGCUCGUGGAAAGCUGGAGGAGCUCUGCAGAAGCCGCCGAGAGUCAUGGAAGGGCUGCGAGAAAACUUUACGGACAGACAUACCUGUGAUCAGAGGGGAGCUGCUUCACUCGCUCAGCUCAGAGCUCGAGGUUGGGACAUUGAAGACGCCAUUGGUGAUCAAGACGAUGUCUUCAGCGUAAGUUGCGACAGCGGUUCAUUCUGCAUCUUCCAGAAGUGCCGUCCGAGAGCGAGGCCACCAUUUCAGGGGACGUGGGACUAGCGCAUGCGCUGACUUCCCGAUCCUCUAUGAUGCAUAGUCCAACAUUCGAGAAAACCCAGAUGCAAUGUCAGCUCGGGUUGCGGACGCACUGGCAGACAUUUGGGCACGCUCAAAAGGCGAAGAUGUAAUCAGCAUCACCUCGCACAGCGGGACCAUGCAAGCUCUGUUCCGGGCGAUCAGACAUCCAGACUUCAAGCCUGUUCCUGGCGCGCUCAUCCCUUUGCUCAUCAAGGCCGCACCGCGCUCGGGCUCAAACGUCUCCCGGCAACAGAACGUUGCUGCGACUAUUGGAGCCGAUGCCGCUGCUGCAAGCACGGCCUUUGCCCAAGGUCUCCUCGACUCAAACUCGGAGCAUGCUGUUAAAUACGCGGCCUCUCAGCCUUAUAAGCACGGUGUGGUCGAUGGCUUGCUGAACGAUGCUCUGCUCCGAGCCGCCCGGGAGGAGAUUGUCGCAGAGCUGCGUUUCACCGAAAAGGAGACGGACAUCUACAAAGUCAAUCAGACUGGUGAUCUCGCCAACUUGGACGGCUUGCCAGACUCUGAAGUCGGCAGGCUCCAAAAUCUCCUGCGAGUUCGCAACGCCAUCUACAGCGAGCCUUUCAGGGCUUGGCUGAUGAGCGUGACUGGAUGCGGACCGCUCAGCGCGAAGAACAAGGACAUGAGCAUUAACGACUAUCGUGCGGGUUGCCACCUCCUCAAUCACGAGUGAGUCUUCUCGACCACGCCGCUUCCAGCUCAUGCGUAUUCGAGCUGAGUGUGCUGUUCUUGCCACGAUCAGUGAUGUCAUCGGAACUCGCCGGCUGUCCUACAUACUCUACUUGCCUGACCCGAGCGAUGAUUGGAAGCCAGAGUAUGGCGGGGCGUUGGAAUUGUAUCCAACCGUCUCUCGAGGUGUGCCUGUCAAUGUCCCAAGUGUCGUCAUUCCGCCAAGUUAGUGCCGCCGUCUCCACUCGGCUCUCGUCGGACUGGCUGCUGACGACUACUCUUGUCGUGACAGAGUGGAACCAAUACACGUUCUUCACGGUGCAGCCAGGCCAUUCCUUCCACAGCGUCGAAGAGGUCGUGGAUCCCGGCCGCAGUAGACUCAGCAUCAGUGGAUGGUUCCACCGCCCACAGCCUGACGAGAAGGGCUUUGACCAGCAAGAUGAACAAAGAGAAGAGGAAGAACGAAAGGAGCACGCUAGUGCAGAAGGCCUCGUAAGUUCGGCAAAAUCUGAAGUCUAUUGGUGAUGCGCGCUGACCUGCAAAUUUCGACGCUUGCGUUUCACAAGGCAUCGAAGAAGGCAACAGCCUCUUAUAAUGCAUAUCCCGAGGAGCUGAACCCUCCCCUCCCCGGCUCACCCCUCAGCGCUGUUGAUCGGACCUACCUGGCUCAAUUUCUGAAUCCGGCUUACUUGCAGCCAAAGACCCAAGCUCAGCUAUUUGAACGCUUCGGCGACGAAUCGCACAUCUUGCUGGCGGACGUCCUGCGGCCAGAGCUAGCUGCCAGCCUCGAAAAGACCUUGAAGAGCGCUGAUGGAGAAGCUGGCCUUAGGUGGUGGGAGAAAGGUGGGCGAGGUCAGGCAAGGAUUCCCGAUCACCAAACCGGUGUCACGGAGCGAUGGAAGAUUGUGGGACCACCCCAUCGCCAGCGGUACCUUUCAUUAGUCGGCAAAGACGAGCCUGCUAAGCCUGCUCUGUCCAACGCGCCCAUUCCGCAACCGAUCCCUACGGACCCCGAAAGUGUUUUGGACCUUCUGCGAUCGCACUUGUUCCCCUCGCCGGCUUUCCGGCACUUUUUGGCAAAUGUGACUCAACUUGUUCCGAUCGGAGCACGUCCCUUCGAGACCCGACGUUUCCGACCAGGUCUGGACUACACGCUUGCACGAGCGGACAGCGAGGCGGUACUGGACGUUUGCCUUGGUCUCACUCCGGAUGUGGGACGAAGUGCAAUCGACGCUUCAGGCGGCGCGGCUGCGCCCAAGGGACUAGCCGCAAAGAAGGCUGCUGCAAAACGCGCAAAGACGAGCUCUACGAGUUCGAAUGGAGGCAUCACCAAGGCUGAGGCGAAAGAGUUGGCUCAAGCGUGGGAAAGUGGGGAUGUUGGAGGCUGGGAGGCCUACAUGGCACCUGCUAAUGAUGAAGAGGAUCCAGCAGUGUACGGUGGUAAUGUCAAGAAGCCGAAGGAUGAGGCAGGCGCGCCGAUCCAGGAGGAUGCCGAUAUGCGUGACGCCGAAGUAGAGGAGGAGGAUGACGAAGACGAAGACGACGAUGGCGUGUUGCUUAACAUCACACCAACAUGGAACACCCUUAGCAUUGCUCUGAGAGAUGAGGUGAGCAUUGUGUCUCGCGAAUCUUGAGCCAAGAUAAGACUCAAAUCACAAUCUCGUCUCCGCUGCCCUGCACAGGGAGUGAUGAAGUUCAUCAAGUAUCUUUGCGCCUCGGCUGGAGGUAGCCGCUGGGAUGUUGUUGGCGAGCUUGAAGUAGGAGCUGCCAUUCAAGAAGAAGACGACGACGACGACGUCCAAGGGUAA